AUGUCUGAAUCGAAUCAAACAUAUGUGAAGCUAUCAGGAUCCUCCCCAAAAAGCACACCAACAAAAGACCCAUUGACUCGAAGGUUGAAAGAAGUUGCUCGAAAACCUCCGGUGAGUCCCCUACAAAUCCAAAAACCCACUGCUACCCCCAUCACCGUGGACUCUAACGAAGAUGACAUGUCGCCUAUUCUGGAUCUCACUUCGAGGAAGAGGAAGCCACAGCCAAAACCCAUCGACCCCUCGAAUCAACCAAACACAAAACUCUCAAGAAAAAGGUUCGCUGCACUUGUUAUCCAAGAACCUACUCCUGAAGAAAUGGCAAGAGUAACAGCAGCUCAAAGCGAGAGCGACAAUUCUAGCCCCAAGGUCGAAGGUUAUAAGGGUGACGCGAGCACCAUCAUUCCUCCCAAGAAAGCUUCCUCCUCCAAGCCUGCCUCUAUGCCAGAUGUUUUGAACAGCACUGACGAGCCCACCUAUCGACCAUCCUCUAAAAAGUGGUCCAUGAGCGAGAUUAAUCAACCUCCAACCGGUACCCUCGAUGCUUCGCCACCAAAAACCACCACUCAACAUUAUCAUACCAGUGACUCUGGUCAUGAGACUGACUCGAGCGAGGAAAAUGAGGCCCAAGGUAAUCAAGUCCCUAUGGUUGAGGAUGAACUAGAUGAUGAUGAAGAAACCCCCGGGGCUGGUCUACACACAGCGGCAGAAAUGAAUGAGCCUCAGAGCGAGGGAUGGGGCGUCGAAGACAUGGUGGUAGAGAAAGCGAAUGAAGGAAAUCUGGCGACUAACCCUGAUAACAUCGAGAGCCAAACAAAAAGAAGAGCCAAUGUGGGUGAAGAACAUGCUCAAACUCAAACCCCUGCAAUGGCCGACAAUCCAACGGUUGGCGUUUCGUCAAGUAGCAUUGGUGUCAUUUCUGCAGAAAAGUUGGUUAUCUUAAAGAGAAGUCAACCACUGGAGUAUUUAAAGGCGAUGUUAAAUUGUAGGGAGAGUUAUUUUGAUCAGAGUCAUAACACUUCAAUGUCAGAAGAUCAGCCUUCGAGCACCUCUGCGGGCGAAAUCCUUUCUAAAAUCAAGGACAAAGUCUUUAAGGGUGACUUGUUUCUAUUGUUGUUGGUUGAUCCUUCUGCCCCUUUAACUCUGAAAGCUCUUCUUAUCUAG